AUGGUUUUAUUUAAAGCUAUCAGCCUGUCUCUGAGGAUGGUCACACGGCGGGUUGAUGAAAUGUCAGCAGAUGUUAAAAAUCAAUUAAUCAACGCCUACAGCGAAUUACAAUAUUUUUCAAUUGCAGUCGAUGAGAAUAUAGGCUUAAGUGACACUGCACAACUUGCUGUCUUUGUGCGAGGAGGGACUUCAACUUUUCAGAUCUUUGAAGAGUUUAUUCAGUUAAUUCCUGUGGAGGAAACUGUAACCGGAGCAGACAUCUUUGAAGCUUUCUUGAAAAUGAUAUCAGAAAUGAAAAAUAGGUUUAAAUCAGACAGGGCAGUUAUAGAUCCAGUUGAGAUGGAAAACAUAUAUGCGACUGGAAUUAUUUAG